CCCCACAGCACACAGGCACAUGCACACCUGCGCCCCAACCACAGCCCAGGCUCACUGAGCCAGAUCCACUGACCAUGAGGCUGUCACUGCCCCUGCUACUGCUGCUGGUAGCCUGGGCCAUCCCAGGGGGCUUUGGGGACAGGGCCCCACUCACAGCCACGGCCCCACAGCUGGACGAUGAGGAGAAGUACUCAGCUCAUAUGCCUGCUCACCUGCGCUGUGACGCCUGCAGGGCAGUGGUCUACCAGAUGUGGCAACAUUUGGCAAAAGCAGAGGCCAAGCUUCACACCCCAGACUCAGGGGGACAGCGGCGGGAGCUGAGUGAGUCGGUAUACACAGACGUCCUGGACCAGAGCUGCACCCAGACCUGGCAGGGCUAUGGGGUCCAAGAAGUGAACCAGGUGAAACGUCUCACGGGCCCAGGACUCAGCAAGGGGCCAGAGCAAAGCAUCAGCGUGAUGAUCACAGGGGGCCCCUGGCCCACCAGGCUCUCCACGACAUGUUUGCACUACCUGGGGGAGUUUGGAGAAGACAAGAUCUACGAAGCCCACCAACAAGGCCGAGGGGCUCUGGAGGCAUUGCUGUGUGGAGGACCCCAAGGGGCCUGCUUGGAAGAGGCGACUGUCACAAGGACAGAGCUCUAGUCCGACUCCUUCCCCUUCCUGGUCAGUCUCUGAAGAGAGCUGGGGUGUCCUCUAGAUCUG